AUGCGCAUGGAUGAAGCGGGAGAACAAAGAAAGUUGCAACUGCAAGAACUUGAAGAGAUUCGCAAUGACGCUUAUGAGAGCUCUCGAAUCUACAAGGAAAAGACAGCCUUCCAUGACAGAAUGAUUUCAAUGAAAGAUUUCUCAGUUGGUCAGAAAGUUCUUCUUUUCCAUUCUAGGCUUAAACUCUUUCCUAGUAAGUUGAGAUCUCGGUGGGUUAGGCCUUUCAUUGUUACUAAUGUUUUACCUUAUGGAGCAGUUGAGAUUCAAAGUCCAACCACAGCCAAAAGGUUCAAGGUAAAUGGGCACCAUCUAAAACCUUUCUAUGAAGGAUUUCAAGCAUACAAUAUGGAAGACGUAUCUCUUGAAAGCCCAAAUUAUACAGAGUAA